UUAAAAGUGCUCUUAAACACACACUGAGUGGCGUUCAAUACGGUCACUCUUCCUCUUUGAAGUUUUGGUGGAUGCCACCAUUGCUUUACGCAACGAAGAAGGAAAUUCUGUAGCUGUUAACCUCUUAAUAGUAUUUUAAGUAAUUGAUCCUAUCUAUGGCAUUAAGAUUUCCAGGCAGAGUCCUCCAUUUUUUCAUUUGCUGUUUGCCGACGACUUGAUGCUCUUUGCUGGGGCAAAUGCCUCGAAAGCUUCCACCAUCCUAAGUUGUCUUAGUAAGUACCCAGCUUGGUUCGGGCAAAAGGACAACAUCUCUAAAUCUUCAAAUUAUCUCAGCAAAAAUUGUAAUUUUUCAUUCCCUCCUCUAUUAACUCUAACCUUAGUCUUCGUCAAGUAUCACCUAAAGCCAAAAUAUUUGGGGCUUCCCCUCUUUUUUCAUCAUAAUAAGAACCAAUCUUUGAUGACAUAAAGGCCAAAAUCCUUAACAGAAUUUCGGGAUGGAAAGCUGCUGCUCUCUCAAGCAGCUCGGACCACUCUAAUCAAAACAGUAGCCAAUGCCAUUCCGAGCUAUACCAUGUCCCUUUCCUUUUUGCCUAAAUCUCUCUACCAUGAUAUUGACUCUUCUCUCAGAAGGCUUUGGUGGGUUUUGCCCAGUCUAAGAAGCACAACCUCACUUUGAUCGGUUGGAAUAAAAUUUGUACUCCCAAGUCCUUGGGAGGUCUCGGGCUGAGGACUAUGGAAUGCCAAAAUAGAUAUUUACUUGCAAAGUUGUGUUGGAAGCUCCUGACAAAUCAAAACUUCUUGUGGGUAAUUCUCUGAAAGCAAAGUAUCUUCAAAGAGAGGAAUUUCUUCAUGCUUCUGUCUCCCCUACCGCUUCCUGGCUAUGGAAAGGAGUAACGGGGAUGCCAAUGGCUUAUAUAAUAAAGCCUCACCAAAUGUGGAGUCAGAAGGCCAUGAUAAUGUGAAGAUGACUCAGCCUUCAAAUGAGGAAAUGGAAGUGAAAAAGGGUGAUAUUUGGCGACUCUUCAGAGAAGCUCAGCAGAACAUAUUGUACUUGAACAAACAACGUCUCGUGGCCAUACAGGAGCUGAACAAAGCAAAUAAAGAGAAACAAUUGUUGGUUGCUAGGAUAAAGCAUUUGGAAGCAGAAAAGCAGGCUGGUGUUGGAAAAGAUAAGGUAUCAAUUUGUUGGGAGUUGCUGCUUCGACUAGACUCAAUGGUCCUCACUGGCAUGAUUAGCACUCGGGAGACAUCUGAUUUGAGAAGGCUGGUCAUGGAUCACGUGGUUGGUGUGGCUGAUGUUUCUAAUGAUAUCCUGCAGAAAAAUGAUGCUGAGCUUCUAGCAGAACUCCGCCACUUCUCAGAUAGAAGCAAAAAGACUGGUUUUCGCAUUGUCCACAUUUGCACUGAGAUGGAACCUUUGGUCUCUGUUGGAUCUUUGGCAUCAUAUGUGACAGGCUUAUCUUGUGCAUUACAAAGAAAGGGACACUUGGUGGAGGUUAUUCUACCAAAGUACACGAUUAUGGACCUAGAUGAAGUGCAAGGGCUGCGAGAAAUUGAGACACAGUAUUAUUCGUAUUUUAAUGGUCAACUACAUGGAAACAAAAUUUGGACUGGUGUUGUACAUGGCAUCGGAGUCUCUUUUAUUCAACCUCUGUACUACUCAUCAUUUUUCAACCGUGAGAAGGUAUAUGGCUACUCAGAUGACUUUGAACGGUUUACCUAUUUCUCUCGUGCUUCAUUGGACUAUAUUGUAAAAUCUGGAAAGCAGCCUGAUGUGUUACACAUACACAACUGGGAGACUUCUAUUGUUGGGCCUCUUUUCUGGGAUAUAUUUGUUAAACAGGGACUUGGGGCUACUAGAGUAUUAUUGACAUGCCAUGACUUUGAUUUACAGCAUCUUCAGCAACCGGAUAAACUUUCACUAUGUGGAUUGGAUCCUCCUAGACUUCACCGUCCUGAUCGUUUGCAAGAUAACACUAAGACACAUCUUGUCAACAUUUUGAAGGGUGGAGUUGUUUACUCUAAUAAGGUUGUGAUAAUGUCAUCCAUACACUCAAAAGGCAGGAUCAUUCGUAGUUUUAGUCAUGGAUUGGAACAUACCUUAAGCAUCCACAAGGACAAGUUGGUUAUUGCUCCCUGCGGAUUUGACAACUCCAUUUGGGAUCCUUCCAAGGACAAUUUUCUUCCAGAAAACUAUAGUGUGAAGGAUAUGAAAGGGAAAGUUGUUUGCAGAGUUGCGUUACAACAUCACCUGGCGUUAUCCAACAAUGCUUCUGCUGUUCUUGUUGGAUGCAUCAUCGCUGAAGUAUCAGAUAUUGAUCUGGGGAACCUGAAGGCAGUUGUUCGGCAUGCAACCAGGAGAGGUGUCCAGUUUAUCUUCAUGGAUAUUAGCAAAAAUUCAAGCAAAGAUAGGGUGCUGGAAUCUAUCCAAGAGCUCCUUAAGGAUGAAAAUGUGAGAUUCAUAAACGGACUUGAUGAAGCACUAUCACAUUUAGUCUUUGCAGGAUCUGACAUUAUCAUGUGCCAAUCUUUUCAUGAUCCUAUGCUCCAAGUGCCACUCAAGGCUUUAAAAUAUGGAGCUGCUCCAAUUGCAGUAACCUCCACUGAUAAUACAUUCAGGCACUUUGUAGAUCAUAACUAUGAGAGCACAAAAUUCUCCCAGUUCAUCAGUUCUGGCUUUGGAAGACUGUCCUUAAGCCAAGCCCUGGAUGAAAUUGAGAACAACCCAUCAAGAUGGAAGCAAAAAAUAAUGGACGCAAUGGCAAUGGACUUUUCCUGGGAGGCAGAGUGCUAUGACGUGCAUGCUUCUGCCUACGCAGCCAUAAAGAAUUUGUGAAGCAGGACGUUAUGUAUAUGUUAGCGCGUGUUACAUCGAGGAUCGAGCAUAUUACAAGAGUUAGCAGUAAGGAAUUGAACAAAAAGAUCCCUUCCGGUUUCCCCCUUAAUGCUGCGAAACAAAUAAAAAAAAAAAAAAAAAAUCAAAUAAAAGUUUAUAUAAAUUGAAAGAAGUUUAAACUUCAAUAGAAUGACAAAGAACAUAUAUUCCACGUGUGACAACACUUUCACAUAAUUAUGUAUUUUCGUAACAUUCAUUUGUAAUAAAACUUUUUUUAUUUAUUGAAAAA